UCGGAAUUCCAGGAGCGCUGGAUGAAAGAAGGGAUUAUUCCCAGCGGGGUAGAGGGGCCACCCACGUUUGUUUUCCUAAGGAUCGCCGCAUGCGUUUCAAGAGGAAUCUUCUGAAAAUUUCACUGUGAUAUUUUUUACCCCAGGCCCUGGUGGAGCAAUCGCCUCACUGGACUUGCCUAUAAAUGGAAGCUGAAAGUUGAAACAAUCUGCUUACUAAUGAACGGGUCACUGGAUGUCUCUGAUGCAAGUUACACAGUUCACCAUUGAUUGAUUAGUGUCGCAACCAGAUUUUCUUUCUGCUAAACCUGGCUAGUAAAGCUCAGCUUAUUUCUAUUCUCGACUUUAAGAUAGCAGUAGGGAUUCUGGGUAACAGCGUCAAAGCCAAGAAGAUGCCGGCUAAGACCCCCAUCUACUUGAAAACCUCCACCCCAAAGCGGGGCAAGAAACUCAAGCUGCGGGACAUCCUGUCCGGUGAUAUGAUCAGCCCCCCCCUGGGUGAUUUCCGUCACAGUGCCCACGUGGGGCCAGCAGGGGAGGAGGACAUGUUCGGGGACGUGAGCUUCAUGCAGGGCAAGCUGGAUCUGCUCCCAGAGACGGGCAGGAGGGCCAGCGAGGAGGCAGCUCAGGGCAGGACCCUCAGAGAUGGGUUCCCGGCCGGGAAAAAGAACCUCAGAGGCUCCCUGCUCAAGUGCGCCGUCUCCCUGCCCGCCUUCGGACAGGAGCUGCCUCCGCCCAAGCCUCCGAGGCUGCACCUGGGCGAUUGCUCGGGCCAGAGGUCCAUGUCGGUGAGCCACUCUGUGGAGACCGGGGGGUGCGGCGGCCAUUUCCGCGACGACGAGGAGCUGAGUUACUCCGCCUCCAUCCCGGCUGGUUUAGGGCACCUGCUGGCUUCCUCCGGCUCGCUGUCCGAGGGUUCCUCCGACGGCUCUGAGGGGAUGGGGGAAGGCUGCUCCUGCUACGGGCCCCUGGACCCCACGAAGGAGCUGAGUCUCGACUCGGACGCAGGCGUCAGCAACGAGGACCUGCUGAGCGAGGCCAGAGAGCCUGCCGGUGUUCCCAAGUCAGAGUCGCUCCUCGGGAUGGAUCUGGACCUGGGACCCUCCAUCCUGGAAGAUGUCCUGAGGAUUAUGGACACCUAUAAGAUGCGGGACGGGCACUGGGAGCUGUAGAACCUCCAUUUGGGGGUUAUUAAAAUUGUCUUGACUUUUUUUUUUAGCUUGACGGACUCAGUGUGUGUUUUCAAUCACAAGUCAUUUAUAACAAAACAAGAAUAAUGCAGUUUUCUGUUGAAUAUUUUAUAGAAGUAUAUUUAUUAAGGGUGAUUUUUGCCACCUGCAGUUUGCUCACACCUCACCCAAGUCGAUUAUAGUGACAUCUAGUGGUGGGAACAGGGAAGAACAGGACAAAGCAUGCAUCCUGACCGGACCAAUAAGCAAACAGUGGGCUUCAACAGCUUGAGAUUUGAAUUAGAGUUGAAGUCGGGGACAAUUUGCCGGCAGUUGGCUGCAGAAAAAAAUAACGACAAAACUGAACAAAAAACAAAUGAUUUUUUUUUUAUAUGGAGGGAUUAUCUCUGCAUGCUUCUGCUUUGAAGAGAGGACGGUGUGAGGAGACAUUUUUACCUGGAUUUAAAAACCGAGACAUUUGGGCAGUGAAACCAAAAAUUCAAAAUCUGCGAACCUGGAAACAAAAACUUAGGAAUACUGUUUUUAUGUGCAUUUUGGGGAACUUCAAAAAGACUGUUCUGUCUGUAUAAUAGGGCAGCAGUGUGGAGUAGUGGUUAGGGCUCUGGGCUCUUGACCGGAGGGUUGUGGGUUCAAUCCCUGGUAGGGGACACUGCUGCUGUACCCUUGAGCAAGGUACUUUACCUAGAUUGCUCCAGUAAAAACCCAACUGUAUAAAUGGGUAACUGUAUGUAAAAAUAAUGUGAUAUCUUGUAACAAUUGUAAGUCGCCCUGGAUAAGGGCGUCUGCUAAGAAAUAAA